CACCGCUGACGGUCUUCACUGAAGCUCCUCGGUUGUUUACAGUUUUGCCAUUUAGCUUCAGCUCAAGUUCUCUCAGUAAAACCAUUUGAAUCGUAUUUCCAGCAUGGGAUGCGACGGCGGAACCAUUCCUAAAAGACACGAACUGGUUAAAGGACCGAAAAAGGUUGAAAAGGUUGAUAAAAACGCAGAACUUGCUGCCAAAUGGAAGUACUGUGCGUUGAGUCAGGAGAAGCUGAAGUGGCCCAUAGUUGCCUGUGAGCUGGGCAGACUGUAUAAUAAAGAUGCGAUCAUUGAGUACUUGUUGGAUAAAUCAGCGGAGAGGCCGAACGCCGAAGUUGUUGCACAUAUCCGUAGCAUCAAGGAUGUGAAGGAGCUGAAUCUGACGGAUAACCCGGCGUGGGAGGGUGAGAGGCACAACAUUAAAGGGGACUGUUAUGAAGACAUGCACUGUGCCAUGUUCAUCUGUCCUGUGGUUGGUCUGGAGAUGAACGGAAAACACAAGUUUUUAUACCUGCAGACCUGUGGGUGUGUUUUCUCCGAACGAGCGCUCAGAGAGGUGAAGACUGAAAUCUGCCACAAGUGUGGAGAUCCUUUCCAAGAAGACAACCUUGUGAUGCUGAAUGGGUCUAAAGAGGAGGCGGAGAAGCUACAGAAGGCUAUGGAGGAGCGCCGAUUAAAGGCUAAAACUGCAAAAAAAUCAAAGAAGAGCAAAGAUACUAAAGUCUCCAAGUCGCUGGAUUCAACAGGAAGCUGUGACACCUCGGAGACUAAAUCUACAUCACUGAAUGGAGAAGGCAGCAGUGGAAGCUGCAGUGAUUCAGCUCCGGGACCGUCCACAUCCGGCGAGUGCUCUAAGAUGUUAGAGGCCCCCGCGGGACCCGUCGCUGGCAGUAAGAGAUCGAUCCAGGACAUGAAGGACAAAUCUGAGGCCUACAAGUCACUCUUCACCUCCCACAGCUCUGCCAAACGUACCAAAGACCAGAUGUCCAACUGGGUCACACACACGCCUUACCACUUUUGAGUGUGUUCUUCUUAGUGAAGCUCGCUCUCUAGUGGUCAGGCUUUGUAGGAGCAACAUUCUGACUGGUGGAUUGUUUUUAGCAGAUUUCUCUUUUUCACCACUGCAUUUUAUUUACCUUUAUAAGAUUAUCUUAAUUUUGUUUAUUUUCAGUAAACCCAUGUUGGCUUGAGUGUUAAAUGUCUUUUCCAUUAACAUUUUUUGACUGGAUUGUGCUUUGCAGCAGCAUCUUGUUUUAAACCACUUUAUUUAGGUUUAAACAUGAAAUGUAUUGCAGUAAAAACAAACUUAAAGGCAGAUACCUUUGUUUUCCUACUCAGGAGCAUAAAUACGUGUCCUUGAAGCGCUUGAGCGUUUCUUGUUACGGUAUCACAGAAAUAACCUACUAGUUACAGUAGUUAUGUAUUGUACUUUUAAACAUGCAUUAUGUGUGAACACAAUAAAGGUCCGAUCUUGGAGAAAUCAUGCGCUGUUGCAAUACUGCUUUUGACCACAGGGUGGCAGUACAUGUCUAAGAAUAAGCGCUGCCGCAGUCAAACAGAAGGAGAUCUGAUGUAGUUGUCUAUUUUUUGGCUUUUUGCAGUUCCCCAUAAUGUAAUGGUUUGUUCAUCUGACAGGUGCAUAAAUAAAAUCCAGACUCUACA